GAAGCAAAUGGCUAUGGCAAACAAGUGGCUGCUAUGGCUGACCCUGUCUGCCAUCAUAGCUGCUUGGCAGAGCGAGGCAAAGUAUGCUGUGAACUCCAUGUCUCAGAUUCCUGGGAAAAUAACAGGAGUGAAUCCCAUCCACAAUGGCCAGGUUUGCAGUACAUGGGGUAACUUCCACUUCAAGACCUUUGAUGGGGAUGUCUACCAGUUGCACUCCACCUGCAACUAUGUUCUGGCCUCCACAUGCAGGAGCACUUACAAUGACUUCAACAUCCAGAUAAGGAGACACGAGGCUGACGGUCAUCCCACCAUCAAAAACAUCAUCAUGAAGCUGGAGGGUUCAGUGGUGGAGCUGUCCAAGGGCUCAGUGGUCAUUGAUGGCAACCCAGCUGUUUUACCGUUCAGUCGAGCAGGAGUGUUUAUCGAGAAAACUCCUACCUACAUCAAAAUCAAAGCAAACCUGGGACUGGUUGCUAUCUGGAACGAGGAGGACUCUUUUCUGGUGGAGCUAGACUCGAAGUACAGGAACCAAACCUGUGGUCUCUGUGGAGACUUUAAUGGGAUCCGGCUGCACAACGAGUUCUACAGUCAUGGUGUGAAACUUUCCCCCAUGGAUUUCGCCAGCUUCUGGAAAAUGGAUGGUCCCACUGAAAGCUGCUCCGACUACACACUGGAACCAGUACAAAGCUGCAACGACAUGAAACCUCUGUGUGAGCAGAUCCUCACAGGGCCAGCCUUCAACACCUGUUACAAUCUGCUGGACAUCCCCGCCUUCACCGCUGCUUGUAUUGCUGACCUCUGUCACUGUGGCAACGGCAGAGAAACACACGCAGACCCCUUCUGCCUGUGCAACACUGUGUCUGAGUUCUCCAGACAGUGUGUCCAUGCUGGUGGCAAACCCAACAACUGGAGGACCAAAAUGCUCUGCUGGAAGUCGUGUCCUGACAAAAUGGAGUACAGAGAGUGUGGAAGUCCCUGUGCUGAUACCUGUUCCAACCCAGAGGCCAGCCGCACCUGUGACAACCACUGUAUCGACGGAUGCUUCUGCCCUGCAGGCAUGGUGUUGGAUGAUUUAAAUGGAAAAGGUUGUGUUCCACUGAGCCAGUGCUCCUGCAGCUACAACAGCAAGAUCUAUGGACAUGGAGAAUCAUACACCAGUAACUGCAAAAAAUGUGUGUGUGAGAGCGGUCAGUGGAUAUGCGCGGAGGAGAACUGUCCAGGAAUCUGCUCUGUGGAAGGAGGAGCUCACAUCAACACCUUCGAUGGAAAGGCCUACACCUUUCAUGGGGACUGCUCCUACAUUCUGGCCAAGGACUGCAGUGGGACCAGGUUUGUGAUCCAGGGAGAACUGGUGCAGUGUGGACUGACCGAGAGUGAGACUUGCCUCAAGUCUGUUACCUUAGGUCUGUCUGGAGGGGCAAAUGUGAUCACCAUCCAGCCUGAUGGCAAAGUGUUUGUGAAUGGCAUCUACGCUCAGUUACCAUUUUCUGCUGCUGGGAUUUCCACCUUCAGAGCAUCUUCUUUCUACCUGCUGGUCCAGACAUCAGUUGGUGUUCUGCUGGAGGUGCAGCUGCAGCCAGUCAUGCAGCUCUACAUCAGAAUGACCAGUGACUACAAGGACAAGACUUGUGGCCUGUGUGGGAACUUCAACAGUAACCAAGCUGAUGACUUCCUUAAGCUCAGCGGUGUUCGAGAUGCCACAGCAGCUGGUUUUGUCAACAGCUGGAAGACACAUGGUGGUUGCGCAGAUGUUAAGAGCAACUUUGAGAAUCCCUGCAGCCUCAGUCUGGACAAUGAGAGGUACGCCAUGCACUGGUGCUCCAUGCUGAGUGAUCCCCAGGGAGCGUUUGCCCCCUGUCACUCAGAGAUCAGUCCUGACUCUUACAGAGAGAACUGCAUGUAUGACAGCUGUAACUGUGAGAAAAGUGAAGACUGCAUGUGCGCCGCAGUCUCCUCAUACGUCCAUGCCUGUGCAGCGGCAGGAAUCCAGAUCAGCAACUGGAGGAAGACCAUCUGUGGGAAAUAUGCCACCUCCUGCCCAAGGAGCAUGGUCUACUCCUACAACAUCACAUCCAGCGGUCGUACCUGUCGCUGCCUCGGCACCACAGAUCUCAGCUGCCAUUUCUCCUUCCCACCAAUUGACGGCUGCGUCUGUGCAGAGGGAACCUACCUGGAUGACUCUGGGAGCUGUGUCCCGGCUAAGGCCUGUCCCUGUUAUGACAAAGGCUCUGUGGUGCCUCCCGGACAGGUUGUCAACAAGGAUGGGAUCAUGUGCACCUGCAAAGAGGGCAAACUGGUCUGCAUUGGACAGUUUAGUGCGCAACCAACGGCCUGUGUUUCUCCCAUGGAGUUCUUCAACUGCUCUGCUAAUGGUCCAGCUGCAAGAGGAACUGAGUGUGAGAAGAGCUGCAACACAUUAGACAUGGCCUGUGUGACCACGGGUUGCACCUCUGGCUGUAUGUGUCCAGUUGGGAAGGUCUCUGAUGGUAAAGGAGGCUGCAUCAAUCCAGAGGCCUGUCCCUGUAUUCACAAUGGCAUCUCCUACCAGCCUGGAGAGACCACCAGAGUGGACUGCAACACCUGCACAUGUAAAGAUAGAAAAUGGAGCUGCACCACCAAUGAGUGUGACAGUACCUGCUCCGUCUAUGGAGCUGGACACUACAUGACUUUUGAUCAGAAGCGCUUCACCUUUGACGGGAGCUGUGAAUACAUCCUCACUCAGGACUACUGUGGCAGUGCUCAGAGUAAUGGAACCUUCAGAGUGAUCACUGAGAACGUUCCGUGUGGAACGACAGGAACCACCUGCUCCAAGACCAUCAAGAUCUUCCUGGGGAGUGCACACCUGGUUCUAACAGAGGGACGCUACCAGCUGCUUUCAGGUGGAAAUGAAGAAACAGUCCCAUUCACUUACAGCACUAUGGGCAACUACCUGGUAAUUGAAGCCAACAAUGGACUCAUUCUCAUGUGGGACAGGAAGACCAGCUUGUUCAUCAAGCUCAGCCCAAAAUAUAAGGGUCAUGUGUGUGGGCUGUGUGGCAGCUUUGACAGCAAUGCAAAUAAUGACUUCACAACGAGGUGCCACGCUGUGGUGGUCAGCCCACUGGUGUUUGGCAACAGCUGGAAGGAUUUACCAACCUGCCCCGACGCUAAGAGCAUCACCAGCCCCUGCACUAACAACCCAUACAGACAGUCGUGGGCCCAGAAACAGUGCAGCAUCAUACAGAGCAACGUCUUCUCUGCCUGCCACUCCAUUGUGGAUCCCUCUCCAUUCUAUGAAGCAUGUGUGUUUGACUCAUGUGCUUGUGACACCGGUGGAGACUGCGAGUGCUUCUGCACUGCUGUGGCCGCUUACGCUGAAUCCUGUAAUCAAGCUGGAGUCUGUGUACGAUGGAGAACCCCUAAAAUCUGCCCGAUCUUCUGUGAUUACUACAAUCCCCCUGGUGAAUGCGAAUGGCACUACAUGCCAUGUGGAUCUCCUUGUAUGAAAACCUGCAGGAACCCUUCAGGCAGCUGCUCUACACAGAUACCUCCAUUAGAAGGUUGCUAUCCAAAAUGUCCUUCUGCUCAGCCCUACUUUGAUGAGGAUACAAUGACAUGUGUUUUAAAAGAACAAUGUGGAUGCUAUGAUAACGAGGGGCGACACUAUGAUAAUGGUGACAAAGUGCCAACAACUGAAAAUUGUCAUACCUGUACAUGCAGUUCAAUGACCAUCACAUGCCAUUACGAUGUCCAAGCCUGUACUUGCACAUAUAAUGGAACGAAAUAUCUCCAUGGCGAAACCAUCUAUAACACAACAGAUGGACAUGGUAACUGCAUCACAGCAGUGUGUGGGAAGAAUGGUACCAUUGACAGGAGUUCACACCCAUGCCCAGAACCAACACCAACAACACGAAUGCCUACUGCCACCACUACUACAACCAACCAGACUCCAACCACCUUUGUUUUUACAUCAACCACACCAGUCUCUCUUCCAGUCACAUGCAGUCCUUGUGAAUGGUCGCCAUGGUAUGAUACCAGCUUUCCCACACUGGGAACUCCAGGAGGAGACAAUGAAACUUACCAAAACAUCAAAGCGGCAGGACACAAGAUAUGUGAUGUGCCAAGCCAGAUCCAGUGCAGGGCAGAGAAAUUCCCGAAUGUGUCCAUUGACAAUGUGGGACAAGUGGUGCAAUGUAAUCUAGCUAAGGGGCUGACAUGCAGAAAUGAAGACCAGUCAGGGCCACUGCCAUUGUGCUUUAACUAUCAAAUCAGAGUUAUGUGUUGUGACUAUAGUGCAUGCCCAACAAAGCCUGCUCCAUCGUCAAUACCUCCAAGCUCAACCACAAAGCCCCCAGUAAUACCAACAACAACAAGACAUGUUACCAAAACACCUUGCCAGGAAAUAUGCUUCUGGUCAAAAUGGAUAAGUGCAGAUUACCCUGAAUAUGGCCCUGGAGGUGGGGACAAUGAAAGCAUCAAAAGUAUCAUCCAGAAAGGAUAUGACAUUUGUGAUAAUCCAGUAGCAGUGGAGUGUCAGGCUGUACAUUAUCCAGGGGUUCCAUUACAACAAUUAAAGCAAACGGUAACAUGUAACAAACAAAUAGGUCUUGUGUGUAAGAACAUCUUACAAAUACCCCCCAUAUGUUUAGAUUAUGAGAUAAAAGUAAAGUGUUGCAAGACACCACAAUGCAACACGACACAGAGUCCUAUAAGUACUACUAUUGCAACUCAGCCACCUUCAACUACUAGUACCCCAACUAAAACAGCUUCAACUCAGCCACCAUCAACUACUACUUCCACAACUACACCUUCUACCACAACUGAAACAGCUACAACUCAGCCACCUUUAACUACCGCUUCCACCACUAAACCUUCUACACCAACUGAAACAAGUACAACUAAACCACCUUCAACUAUAACGUCAACCACUGUACCUUCUACUACAACUGUGACUACUACAACACAACCGCCUUCAACUGCUACUUCAACCACGACACCUUCAACUCCAACUAAAACAGCUUCAACUCAGCCAUCUUCAACUACUACUUCCACCACUACACCUUCUACCCCAACUAAAGCAGCUUCAACUCAGCCACCUUCAACUACUACUUCCACCACUACACCUUCUACCCCAACUGAAACGGCUACAACUCAGCCAACUUCAACUACUACUUCCACAACUACACCUCCUACCCCAACUAAAACAGUUUCAACUCAACCACCUUCAACUACUACUUCCACCACUACACCUUCUACCACAACUGAAACAGCUACAACUCAACCACCUUCAACUACCACUUUCACCACUACACCUUCUACCACAACUGAAACAGCUACAACUCAACCACCUUCAACUACUACUUCCACAACUACACCUUCUACUACAACUGAAACAACUACUUCUCACCCAACUACACCUGCACCUUGCCCUGAUGGACAUAAUAUGACAUGUGGAUGGUCAGAAUGGAUUAAUCUUGGCCAACCCACACCAGGCCUUAACGGUGGAGAAGAUGAAUCUAUCCAGAAAGUAAUCUCUGCUGGUUACCACAUUUGCCCACUUCCCACUGAAGUCGAGUGUAGAGCUGUUCUUUACCCAACACUUUCCAUGUCACAGGUGGGACAAGCUGUAACUUGUAACAAAGAUGUGGGCCUCAUAUGCCACAAUGACCAACAAGGGCCUCAAGGACAAUGUUUUGAUUAUAAGAUUAGAUUCAAAUGUUGUGUCUGUCCAAAAACCUCACCUCCUUCUACAACAAUUCCGACUACAACACCAAGAACCACUGUUACUACGACCACGCCUUUUACCACAACCAAAACUGCUACUACUCAACCACCUUCAACUACUACUUCUACCACUAAACCUUCUACCCCAACUGAAACAGCUACAACUCAACCACCUUCAACUACUACUUCAACCACGACACCUUCAACUCCAACUAAAACAGCUUCAACUCAGCCAUCUUCAACUACUACUUCCACCACUACACCUUCUACCCCAACUAAAGCAGCUUCAACUCAGCCACCUUCAACUACUACUUCCACCACUACACCUUCUACCCCAACUGAAACGGCUACAACUCAGCCAACUUCAACUACUACUUCCACAACUACACCUCCUACCCCAACUAAAACAGUUUCAACUCAACCACCUUCAACUACUACUUCCACCACUACACCUUCUACCACAACUGAAACAGCUACAACUCAACCACCUUCAACUACCACUUUCACCACUAGGCCUUCUACCACAACUGAAACAGCUACAACUCAACCACCUUCAACUACUACUUCCACAACUACACCUUCUACUACAACUGAAACAACUACUUCUCACCCAACUACAACUGCACCUUGCCCUGAUGGACAUAAUAUGACAUGUGGAUGGUCAGAAUGGAUUAAUCUUGGCCAACCCACACCAGGCCUUAACGGUGGAGAAGAUGAAUCUAUCCAGAAAGUAAUCUCUGCUGGUUACCACAUUUGCCCACUUCCCACUGAAGUCGAAUGUAGAGCUGUUCUUUACCCAACACUUUCCAUGUCACAGGUGGGACAAGCUGUAACUUGUAACAAAGAUGUGGGCCUCAUAUGCCACAAUGACCAACAAGGGCUUCAAGGACAAUGUUUUGAUUAUAAGAUUAGAUUCAAAUGUUGUGUCUGUCCAAAAACCUCACCUCCUUCUACAACAAUUCCGACUACAACACCAAGAACCACUGUUACUACCACCACACCUUUUACCACAACCAAAACUGCUACUACUCAACCACCUUCAACUACUACUUCUACCACUAAACCUUCUACCCCAACUGAAACAUCUACAACUCAACCACCUUCAACUACUACUUCCACAACUACACCUCCUACCCCAACUAAAACAGUUUCAACUCAACCACCUUCAACUACUACUUCCACCACUACACCUUCUACCACAACUGAAACAGCUACAACUCAACCACCUUCAACUACCACUUUCACCACUACACCUUCUACCACAACUGAAACAGCUACAACUCAACCACCUUCAACUACUACUUCCACAACUACACCUUCUACUACAACUGAAACAACUACUUCUCACCCAACUACACCUGCACCUUGCCCUGAUGGACAUAAUAUGACAUGUGGAUGGUCAGAAUGGAUUAAUCUUGGCCAACCCACACCAGGCCUUAACGGUGGAGAAGAUGAAUCUAUCCAGAAAGUAAUCUCUGCUGGUUACCACAUUUGCCCACUUCCCACUGAAGUCGAGUGUAGAGCUGUUCUUUACCCAACACUUUCCAUGUCACAGGUGGGACAAUCUGUAACUUGUAACAAAGAUGUGGGCCUCAUAUGCCACAAUGACCAACAAGGGCCUCAAGGACAAUGUUUUGAUUAUAAGAUUAGAUUCAAAUGUUGUGUCUGUCCAAAAACCUCACCUCCUUCUACAACAAUUCCGACUACAACACCAAGAACCACUGUUACUACCACCACACCUUUUACCACAACCAAAACUGCUACUACUCAACCACCUUCAACAACUACUUCUACCACUAAACCUUCUACCCCAACUGAAACAGCUACAACUCAACCACCUUCAACUACUACUUCAACCACGACACCUUCAACUCCAACUAAAACAGCUUCAACUCAGCCAUCUUCAACUACUACUUCCACCACUACACCUUCUACCCCAACUAAAGCAGCUUCAACUCAGCCACCUUCAACUACUACUUCCACCACUACACCUUCUACCCCAACUGAAACGGCUACAACUCAGCCAACUUCAACUACUACUUCCACCACUACACCUUCUACCACAACUGAAACAGCUACAACUCAACCACCUUCAACUACCACUUUCACCACUAGGCCUUCUACCACAACUGAAACAGCUACAACUCAACCACCUUCAACUACUACUUCCACAACUACACCUUCUACUACAACUGAAACAACUACUUCUCACCCAACUACACCUGCACCUUGCCCUGAUGGACAUAAUAUGACAUGUGGAUGGUCAGAAUGGAUUAAUCUUGGCCAACCCACACCAGGCCUUAACGGUGGAGAAGAUGAAUCUAUCCAGAAAGUAAUCUCUGCUGGUUACCACAUUUGCCCACUUCCCACUGAAGUCGAGUGUAGAGCUGUUCUUUACCCAACACUUUCCAUGUCACAGGUGGGACAAGCUGUAACUUGUAACAAAGAUGUGGGCCUCAUAUGCCACAAUGACCAACAAGGGCCUCAAGGACAAUGUUUUGAUUAUAAGAUUAGAUUCAAAUGUUGUGUCUGUCCAAAAACCUCACCUCCUUCUACAACAAUUCCGACUACAACACCAAGAACCACUGUUACUACCACCACACCUUUUACCACAACCAAAAGUGCUACUACUCAACCACCUUCAACUACUACUUCUACCACUAAACCUUCUACCCCAACUGAAACAGCUACAACUCAACCACCUUCAACUACUACUUCAACCACGACACCUUCAACUCCAACUAAAACAGCUUCAACUCAACCAUCUUCAACUACUACUUCCACCACUACACCUUCUACCCCAACUGAAGCAGCUUCAACUCAGCCACCUUCAACUACUACUUCCACCACUACACCUUCUACCCCAACUGAAACGGCUACAACUAAGCCAACUUCAACUACUACUUCCACAACUACACCUUCUACUACAACUGAAACAACUACUUCUCACCCAACUACACCUGCACCUUGCCCUGAUGGACAUAAUAUGACAUGUGGAUGGUCAGAAUGGAUUAAUCUUGGCCAACCCACACCAGGCCUUAACGGUGGAGAAGAUGAAUCUAUCCAGAAAGUAAUCUCUGCUGGUUACCACAUUUGCCCACUUCCCACUGAAGUAGAAUGUAGAGCUGUUCUUUACCCAACACUUUCCAUGUCACAGGUGGGACAAGCUGUAACUUGUAACAAAAAUGUGGGCCUCAUAUGCCACAAUGACCAACAAGGGCCUCAGGGACAAUGUUUUGAUUAUAAGAUUAGAUUCAAAUGUUGUGUCUGUCCAAAAACCUCACCUCCUUCUACAACAAUUCCGACUACAACACCAAGAACCACUGUUACUACCACCACACCUUUUACCACAACCAAAACUGCUACUACUCAACCACCUUCAACUACUACUUCUACCACUAAACCUUCUACCCAAACUGAAACAGCUACAACUCAACCACCUUCAACUACUACUUCAACCACGACACCUUCAACUCCAACUAAAACAGCUUCAACUCAGCCAUCUUCAACUACUACUUCCACCACUACACCUUCUACCCCAACUAAAGCAGCUUCAACUCAGCCACCUUCAACUACUACUUCCACCACUACACCUUCUACCCCAACUGAAACGGCUACAACUCAGCCAACUUCAACUACUACUUCCACAACUACACCUCCUACCCCAACUAAAACAGUUUCAACUCAACCACCUUCAACUACUACUUCCACCACUACACCUUCUACCACAACUGAAACAGCUACAACUCAACCACCUUCAACUACCACUUUCACCACUACACUUUCUACCACAACUGAAACAGCUACAACUCAACCACCUUCAACUACUACUUCCACAACUACACCUUCUACUACAACUGAAACAACUACUUCUCACCCAACUACACCUGCACCUUGCCCUGAUGGACAUAACAUGACAUGUGGAUGGUCAGAAUGGAUUAAUCUUGGCCAACCCACACCAGGCCUUAACGGUGGAGAAGAUGAAUCUAUCCAGAAAGUAAUCUCUGCUGGUUACCACAUUUGCCCACUUCCCACUGAAGUCGAGUGUAGAGCUGUUCUUUACCCAACACUUUCCAUGUCACAGGUGGGACAAGCUGUAACUUGUAACAAAGAUGUGGGCCUCAUAUGCCACAAUGACCAACAAGGGCCUCAAGGACAAUGUUUUGAUUAUAAGAUUAGAUUCAAAUGUUGUGUCUGUCCAAAAACCUCACCUCCUUCUACAACAAUUCCGACUACAACACCAAGAACCACUGUUACUACCACCACACCUUUUACCACAACCAAAACUGCUACUACUCAACCACCUUCAACUACUACUUCUACCACUAAACCUUCUACCCCAACUGAAACAGCUACAACUCAACCACCUUCAACUACUACUUCAACCACGACACCUUCAACUCCAACUAAAACAGCUUCAACUCAACCAUCUUCAACUACUACUUCCACCACUACACCUUCUACCUCAACUGAAGCAGCUUCAACUCAGCCACCUUCAACUACUACUUCCACCACUACACCUUCUACCCCAACUGAAACGGCUACAACUCAGCCAACUUCAACUACUACUUCCACAACUACACCUUCUACUACAACUGAAACAACUACUUCUCACCCAACUACACCUGCACCUUGCCCUGAUGGACAUAAUAUGACAUGUGGAUGGUCAGAAUGGAUUAAUCUUGGCCAACCCACACCAGGCCUUAACGGUGGAGAAGAUGAAUCUAUCCAGAAAGUAAUCUCUGCUGGUUACCACAUUUGCCCACUUCCCACUGAAGUAGAAUGUAGAGCUGUUCUUUACCCAACACUUUCCAUGUCACAGGUGGGACAAGCUGUAACUUGUAACAAAAAUGUGGGCCUCAUAUGCCACAAUGACCAACAAGGUCCUCAAGGACAAUGUUUUGAUUAUAAGAUUAGAUUCAAAUGUUGUGUCUGUCCAAAAACCUCACCUCCUUCUACAACAAUUCCGACUACAACACCAAGAACCACUGUUACUACCACCACACCUUUUACCACAACCAAAACUGCUACUACUCAACCACCUUCAACUACUACUUCUACCACUAAACCUUCUACCCCAACUGAAACAGCUACAACUCAACCACCUUCAACUACUACUUCAACCACGACACCUUCAACUCCAACUAAAACAGCUUCAACUCAGCCAUCUUCAACUACUACUUCCACCACUACACCUUCUACCCCAACUAAAGCAGCUUCAACUCAGCCACCUUCAACUACUACUUCCACCACUACACCUUCUACCCCAACUGAAACGGCUACAACUCAGCCAACUUCAACUACUACUUCCACCACUACACCUCCUACCCCAACUAAAACAGUUUCAACUCAACCACCUUCAACUACUACUUCCACCACUACACCUUCUACCACAACUGAAACAGCUACAACUCAACCACCUUCAACUACCACUUUCACCACUACACCUUCUACCAUAACUGAAACAGCUACAACUCAACCACCUUCAACUACUACUUCCACAACUACACCUUCUACUACAACUGAAACAACUACUUCUCACCCAACUACACCUGCACCUUGCCCUGAUGGACAUAAUAUGACAUGUGGAUGGUCAGAAUGGAUUAAUCUUGGCCAACCCACACCAGGCCUUAACGGUGGAGAAGAUGAAUCUAUCCAGAAAGUAAUCUCUGCUGGUUACCACAUUUGCCCACUUCCCACUGAAGUCGAAUGUAGAGCUGUUCUUUACCCAACACUUUCCAUGUCACAGGUGGGACAAGCUGUAACUUGUAACAAAGAUGUGGGCCUCAUAUGCCACAAUGACCAACAAGGUCCUCAAGGACAAUGUUUUGAUUAUAAGAUUAGAUUCAAAUGUUGUGUCUGUCCAAAAACCUCACCUCCUUCUACAACAAUUCCGACUACAACACCAAGAACCACUGUUACUACCACCACACCUUUUACCACAACCAAAACUGCUACUACUCAACCACCUUCAACUACUACUUCUACCACUAAACCUUCCAACCCAACUGAAACAGCUACAACUCAACCACCUUCAACUACUACUUCAACCACGACACCUUCAACUCCAACUAAAACAGCUUCAACUCAGCCAUCUUCAACUACUACUUCCACCACUACACCUUCUACCCCAACUAAAGCAGCUUCAACUCAGCCACCUUCAACUACUACUUCCACCACUACACCUUCUACCCCAACUGAAACGGCUACAACUCAGCCAACUUCAACUACUACUUCCACAACUACACCUCCUACCCCAACUAAAACAGUUUCAACUCAACCACCUUCAACUACUACUUCCACCACUACACCUUCUACCACAACUGAAACAGCUACAACUCAACCACCUUCAACUACCACUUUCACCACUACACCUUCUACCACAACUGAAACAGCUACAACUCAACCACCUUCAACUACUACUUCCACCACUACACCUUCUACCACAACUGAAACAGCUACAACUCAACCACCUUCAACUACCACUUUCACCACUACACCUUCUACCACAACUGAAACAGCUACAACUCAACCACUUUCAACUACUACUUCCACAACUACACCUUCUACUACAACUGAAACAACUACUUCUCACCCAACUACACCUGCACCUUGCCCUGAUGGACAUAAUAUGACAUGUGGAUGGUCAGAAUGGAUUAAUCUUGGCCAACCCACACCAGGCCUUAACGGUGGAGAAGAUGAAUCUAUCCAGAAAGUAAUCUCUGCUGGUUACCACAUUUGCCCACUUCCCACUGAAGUCGAAUGUAGAGCUGUUCUUUACCCAACACUUUCCAUGUCACAGGUGGGACAAGCUGUAACUUGUAACAAAGAUGUGGGCCUCAUAUGCCACAAUGACCAACAAGGUCCUCAAGGACAAUGUUUUGAUUAUAAGAUUAGAUUCAAAUGUUGUAUCUGUCCAAAAACCUCACCUCCUUCUACAACAAUUCCGACUACAACACCAAGAACCACUGUUACUACCACCACACCUUUUACCACAACCAAAACUGCUACUACUCAACCACCUUCAACUACUACUUCUACCACUAAACCUUCUACCCCAACUGAAACAGCUACAACUCAACCACCUUCAACUACUACUUCAACCACGACACCUUCAACUCCAACUAAAACAGCUUCAACUCAGCCAUCUUCAACUACUACUUCCACCACUACACCUUCUACCCCAACUAAAGCAGCUUCAACUCAGCCACCUUCAACUACUACUUCCACCACUACACCUUCUACCCCAACUGAAACGGCUACAACUCAGCCAACUUCAACUACUACUUCCACAACUACACCUCCUACCCCAACUAAAACAGUUUCAACUCAACCACCUUCAACUACUACUUCCACCACUACACCUUCUACCACAACUGAAACAGCUACAACUCAACCACCUUCAACUACCACUUUCACCACUACACCUUCUACCACAACUGAAACAGCUACAACUCAACCACCUUCAACUACUACUUCCACCACUACACCUUCUACCACAACUGAAACAGCUACAACUCAACCACCUUCAACUACCACUUUCACCACUACACCUUCUACCAUAACUGAAACAGCUACAACUCAACCACCUUCAACUACUACUUCCACAACUACACCUUCUACUACAACUGAAACAACUACUUCUCACCCAACUACACCUGCACCUUGCCCUGAUGGACAUAAUAUGACAUGUGGAUGGUCAGAAUGGAUUAAUCUUGGCCAACCCACACCAGGCCUUAAUGGUGGAGAAGAUGAAUCUAUCCAGAAAGUAAUCUCUGCUGGUUACCACAUUUGCCCACUUCCCACUGAAGUCGAAUGUAGAGCUGUUCUUUACCCAACACUUUCCAUGUCACAGGUGGGACAAGCUGUAACUUGUAACAAAGAUGUGGGCCUCAUAUGCCACAAUGACCAACAAGGUCCUCAAGGACAAUGUUUUGAUUAUAAGAUUAGAUUCAAAUGUUGUGUCUGUCCAAAAACCUCACCUCCUUCUACAACAAUUCCGACUACAACACCAAGAACCACUGUUACUACCACCACACCUUUUACCACAACCAAAACUGCUACUACUCAACCACCUUCAACUACUACUUCUACCACUAAACCUUCUACCCCAACUGAAACAGCUACAACUCAACCACCUUCAACUACUACUUCAACCACGACACCUUCAACUCCAACUAAAACAGCUUCAACUCAGCCACCUUCAACUACUACUUCCACCACUACACCUUCUACCCCAACUAAAGCAGCUUCAACUCAGCCACCUUCAACUACUACUUCCACCACUACACCUUCUACCCCAACUGAAACGGCUACAACUCAGCCAACUUCAACUACUACUUCCACCACUACACCUCCUACCCCAACUAAAACAGUUUCAACUCAACCACCUUCAACUACUACUUCCACCACUACACCUUCUACCACAACUGAAACAGCUACAACUCAACCACCUUCAACUACCACUUUCACCACUACACCUUCUACCACAACUGAAACAGCUACAACUCAACCACCUUCAACUACUACUUCCACAACUACACCUUCUACUACAACUGAAACAACUACUUCUCACCCAACUACACCUGCACCUUGCCCUGAUGGACAUAAUAUGACAUGUGGAUGGUCAGAAUGGAUUAAUCUUGGCCAACCCACACCAGGCCUUAACGGUGGAGAAGAUGAAUCUAUCCAGAAAGUAAUCUCUGCUGGUUACCACAUUUGCCCACUUCCCACUGAAGUCGAAUGUAGAGCUGUUCUUUACCCAACACUUUCCAUGUCACAGGUGGGACAAGCUGUAACUUGUAACAAAGAUGUGGGCCUCAUAUGCCACAAUGACCAACAAGGGCCUCAAGGACAAUGUUUUGAUUAUAAGAUUAGAUUCAAAUGUUGUGUCUGUCCAAAAACCUCACCUCCUUCUACAACAAUUCCGACUACAACACCAAGAACCACUGUUACUACCACCACACCUUUUACCACAACCAAAACUGCUACUACUCAACCACCUUCAACUACUACUUCUACCACUAAACCUUCUACCCCAACUGAAACAGCUACAACUCAACCACCUUCAACUACUACUUCAACCACGACACCUUCAACUCCAACUAAAACAGCUUCAACUCAGCCAUCUUCAACUACUACUUCCACCACUACACCUUCUACCCCAACUAAAGCAGCUUCAACUCAGCCACCUUCAACUACUACUUCCACCACUACACCUUCUACCCCAACUAAAGCAGCUUCAACUCAGCCACCUUCAACUACUAUUUCCACCACUACACCUUCUACCCCAACUGAAACGGCUACAACUCAGCCACCUUCAACUACUACUUCAACCACUACACCUUCUACCCCAACUGAAACGGCUACAACUCAGCCAACUUCAACUACUACUUCCACAACUACACCUCCUACCCCAACUAAAACAGUUUCAACUCAACCACCUUCAACUACUACUUCCACCACUACACCUUCUACCACAACUGAAACAGCUACAACUCAACCACCUUCAACUACCACUUUCACCACUACACCUUCUACCACAACUGAAACACCUACAACUCAACCACCUUCAACUACUACUUCCACAACUACACCUUCUACUACAACUGAAACAACUACUUCUCACCCAACUACACCUGCACCUUGCCCUGAUGGACAUAAUAUGACAUGUGGAUGGUCAGAAUGGAUUAAUCUUGGCCAACCCACACCAGGCCUUAACGGUGGAGAAGAUGAAUCUAUCCAGAAAGUAAUCUCUGCUGGUUACCACAUUUGCCCACUUCCCACUGAAGUCGAGUGUAGAGCUGUUCUUUACCCAACACUUUCCAUGUCACAGGUGGGACAAGCUGUAACUUGUAACAAAGAUGUGGGCCUCAUAUGCCACAAUGACCAACAAUGGCCUCAAGGACAAUGUUUUGAUUAUAAGAUUAGAUUCAAAUGUUGUGUCUGUCCAAAAACCUCACCUCCUUCUACAACAAUUCCGACUACAACACCAAGAACCACUGUUACUACCACCACACCUUUUACCACAACCAAAACUGCUACUACUCAACCACCUUCAACUACUACUUCCACCACUACACCUUCUACCCCAACUGAAACAGCUACAACUCAGCCAACUUCAACUACUACUUCCACAACUACACCUCCUACCCCAACUAAAACAGUUUCAACUCAACCACCUUCAACUACUUCAACUACUAGACCUUCUACCCCAACUGAAACAGCUACAACUCAACCACCUUCAACUACUACUUCAACUACUAGACCUUCUUCCACAACUACAACAGCUACGACUCAACCACCUUCAACUGCUACUUACACCACUUCACCUUCUACCCCAACUAAAACAGCUACAACUCAACCACCUUCAACUACUACUUCCACCACUACACCUUCUACCACAACUGAAACACCUACAACUCAACCACCUUCAACUACUACUUCCACAACUACACCUUCUACCACUACUGAAACAACUACUUCUCACCCAACUACACCUGCACCUUGCCCUGAUGGACAUAAUAUGACAUGUGGAUGGUCAGAAUGGAUUAAUCUUGGCCAACCCACACCAGGCCUUGACGGUGGAGAAGAUGAAUCUAUCCAGAAAAUAAUCUCUGCUGGUUACCACAUUUGCCCACUUCCCACUGAAGUCGAGUGUAGAGCUGUUCUUUACCCAACACUUUCCAUGUCACAGGUGGGACAAGCUGUGACUUGUAACAAAGAUGUGGGCCUCAUAUGCCACAAUGACCAACAAGGGCUUCAAGGACAAUGUUUUGAUUAUAAGAUUAGAUUCAAAUGUUGUGUCUGUCCAAAAACCUCACCUUCUUCUACAACAAUUCCGACUACAACACCAAGAACCACUAUUACUACCACUACACCUUCUACUACAACUGAAACAACUACAACUCAGCCACCUUCAACUACUACUUCCACCACUACACCUUCUACCCCAACUGAAACAACUACAACUCAGCAGCCUUCAAAGACUACUUCAGCCACUACACCUUCUACUCCAACUAAAACAGCUUCAACUCAGACACCGUCAACUUCUACUUCCACCACUACACCUUCUACCCCAACUAAAGCAGCUUCAACUCAGCCACCUUCAACUACUACUUCCACCACUACACCUUCUACCCCAACUGAAACAGCUACAACUCAGCCAUCUACACCUACUUCUUCCAUGACUACCACAACUGAGUUAAUUUUGACUGGAGGAACCUCUCAACCUGCUACUGGUCGCCAUUGCUAUUGCUUUCAUAAUGGUACACACUUCUCUCCUGAGUCCAUAGUCUACAAUAUGACAGACCAUGAUGGAUACUGUUUCAUAGGGUACUGCAAUGCAACCUGUCAUGUGGUGCUCAUACACCACAAGUGUGUUCCAUCUAGGAAAGUGUGUGUUGAUGUAUCUCCUCCAAGACAGGAUGGUGAAAGUUGGAAAGAAAAUAACUGUACUGUAGCAACAUGUGAUGAUGGCAAGGUGACCUAUAACAAAACACAAUGUCCAACUCCAAAUCCCGUCGUAUGCGCAAAUAACUUCCCUGCUAUAAAAGUCAGGGAUGGUGAUGAAUGCUGCCCCCACAAUGAAUGCCAAUGUGUCUGCUACGGUUGGGGAGACCCACAUUAUGUCACUUUCGAUGGAACCUACUAUGAUUUUCAAGGCAACUGCUCCUACUGGCUGGUGAAGGAGAUCUUGCCCAAAUACAACUUCAGCGUUAUGAUCGAUAACUAUUACUGUGGUGUAGUUGAUCGUUUUUCCUGUCCUCACUCCAUCACUGUCUUCUACCAAAGCUACAAGAUCUUUAUUAUACAGGAGGAUAUUAAUACCAAUUUCACAAACCAGGUUUUUGUGAAUGACAGGCUUGUAACUCCUGCAUACCAGAAUGCUGACUUCCGUCUAACCACCACCGGUAUUGAUACAGUUCUCGUCAUCCCUAAAAUUCAUGCCAAGGUCACCUUCUCAGGGCUCAUAUUCAGUAUCUACCUGCCCUAUGGCAUGUUUGGCGGCAACACCGAGGGACAAUGUGGCACAUGCAACAACAACCGAACAGAUGACUGCAGGUUGCCUGACGGCAAAAUUGAUCCUUCAUGUCCUAAUAUGGCACAUGAGUGGCAUGCUAACAACAGUAACUGUGCACGUCCAAGUGAACCCACACCAACACCUAUGCCUGAGACCUGUAACACAACCAUCUGUGAAAUCAUCAAGAGCAGUGUGUUUGAAGCCUGCCACAAGGUCAUUGACUACAAUCCAUUUGUUGUGGCCUGUGAAUUUGAUGUGUGCCACAUGCACAUUAAUCACAUCAGCUGCACAAGCUUACAAUCCUACGCUGAUGCGUGUGCUGAGGCUGGAGUAUGUAUUGACUGGAGGAGUAGCACCAAAGGGCUCUGUGAAUAUACAUGUCCAAGUCCCAAAGUAUACAAGGCCUGUGGACCUCAGGUGGAACCUACUUGUGAAUUAUGGUACAACUACAAAUUCAUCGAUACUGUCAGUGAGUUCAGCGCUAUGACAAAUCUGACGCUGGAGGGUUGUUACUGCCCUAAAGGCACCACCCUCCUGUCUUCCAGCUCCAAUAAAUGUGUGCCCACCUGUGAACUUUGUCAUCUGGAAAAUGGAAAUUGGACAAAGGCUAACGAAUCAUGGACAGAAGGCUGUAAGGAGUGUAUAUGUGAGGAGGACACACUGCGGGUAACCUGCCGUAACAUGUCCUGUCCAACACUGCCCCCCCUCAGCUGUGACCAAGAGGGUCAGGUCAAGGUCCCUGAGACUGCUGGCUGUUGUCCGAAAGAGAAGUGUGAGUGUAAUGUGAAGCUGUGCCCCCCUGUGCCGUCCUGUGCUCCUGGUUCGACUCUACACACCACCAUGGGAGUCUGCUGUUUCAAGUACUCCUGCACCGUCAAACCGGACGUGUGUGUUUUCAACAACUGUGAAUAUCAGGUUGGUCAAACGGUGCCUAUGAACCCGUGUGAGAAGUGCAUCUGUACUAACCAGACAGAUGACAGCAACACUAUGCACAUAGCAUGUCAGCCUAUACCAUGUGACACACACUGCCCCCUGGGUUAUGAGUACCAGAACGUCCCUGGCCAGUGCUGUGGAAAGUGUGUCCAAACAAGCUGUGUUGUCACCCUGCAGAACAACUCCACACACACAUUAAAGCCUGGCAACAUCUGGACCCCCCCUGGGAGCCCCUGUUUGAAGUUUGAGUGUGUGAAGAUCAGUAAUCAGUUCAUCACCGUCGAGGCGAAGACCAUCUGUCCUUUCUUCGACCCCUCUGAAUGCAUACCGGGAACAGAGACCAUAGCUCCAGACGGAUGCUGUCGUUUCUGUAUACCGAAGGGUCAUCCAUGCAACGUGUCCACCACUGCUGUGCACGUGGAGAGUCAGGGCUGCCGCUCCAAAGAACGUGUGAAUGUCACAUCUUGUAGUGGAGCUUGUGGUACCUCCACCUUCUACUCCGCCAAAAUGAAAUCCUUGCAGCACACCUGCUCCUGCUGCCAGGAAUUGGCCACAUCUGAGAGGGAGGUCCAGCUCUCCUGCCCCGACAACACUGAGCUCACCUACACCUACAUCCACAUCGACGCCUGUGGGUGCCUCAAGACGGAGUGCUCCACGUUUGGCCACAGCGACAUAGCAAACACUAAAUCCAGCAUCAAGUCACGUCGACGCAGGAGAUAAGGGGAAAACCAAGACCGCCAUAUACAUCGGCCACAGUUAAUGACCACAAGUAACUGAACAAUCAUAACUGAAUCAGCUUCAACUUUUCUUCUAUUUAUGUCUAAUGUAUUAGCGCACUUAGUUUUUAGUUUGGUAAGAUUGUAAACUCACAAAGAUCUGAUUAAUAAAGAUCAUACUUUAGCUGCA